AUUACUAUUUUAUUGUUUCCCUUCAACGUGACUUUACCGAAAGGGUCAAGUCAAUGUUAUUCAAGCUCAGCGAUCCUCGAUCCCAUGCGUAAAUUUUACAAUCACCACCGGCCAUGAUCUACCCAAUUCUGCACGACGGCCUCCCUCUCUACGCCGGCGCUGCCUCCCACGGUGUCGCGAUGCAACAAUCCAUCGAGACCCCCGCAGACGAAGCGGCGACAAAAUUGCUCCACACAGUGCAUGUACAGCCCUUUGCCAAUCCACUGCUGGGGGCGGGGUGGAGGUGGGGGUCAUUUUGACCAUACUUCCCCGCACCCGUCAGUGCGAAAAUUGCGAAGAGAGCGUCCCCGCACAUCGCCGCUGAUGCUAAGGGCCAGGUUCGGGAAUCGAACUCGGUUGUCGGCUUUUGCAGCGAGGGCGUCGCCGGCUGAAGCCCCGCGAACUCCACGAGGGAACUGAAACUUCCGUCCGCCCGUGGGGUGAGCCACACCCACGCAACCGAUGUCACGAGUGCGACAAGAGCCCCGGGCUGCCCGCAAAACCUUAUCGCAGAACCACAGCGGGCGCUGAUAAGAGGCAACCCAAGUAACCAAGCGGGAGCCUCCAGAGGCAAGGUGUGCGUGUGUGCAUGCCCACACCCCCACACGAUGGACCCGUUCACGGAACCGGACGCGCUCUCGACAUACUUCACCUCUCCGGUCCCGUGGAACGCGUCCGCAAACUGGAGCAGCGCCUCGCCGCGGCCGCCUUCGCCUGGCCAGUACCGCUGCACUUUCCAGGAGGACUUCAAGUACGUCCUGCUGCCCCUGACCUACUGGCUGUGCUUCGCCCUGGGAGCUCCCCUCAACGGCGCCACCCUCUGGAUCUUCCUGAGACAGAGGCGAAGGUGGAACUUCUACUACCACUGCAUGUUCCACCUCAUCGUGUCGGACACCCUGUACACGCUGUCGCUGCCGCUGCUGGGCGUCUACUACGCCCUCGGCAACCACUGGCCCUUCGGCGGCGCGCUCUGCUCCACGGCGCGCUUCACGUUCUACUUCAACAUGUACACGAGCAUCAUGUUCUUGGCGUGCAUCAGCGCGCACCGCUACCUCAAGGUGCGCUGGAGCGGGUGCCCCAAGGAGGGCCGCGUCGCCGGCCACCUGCUGAGCGCGCGCGCCGCUCCCUGGGUCUGCGCCGCCGUCUGGGUGGCGGUGCUCGCUCAGACGGCGCCGAUCUUCUCGUUCACCACCACCAAGCCCCCCUCGGCGUCGGCCAACAAGAUCGUGUGCCCGGACACCACCACCAAGGAGCGCUUCCAGAGCUUCCUCGUCUACAGCUGCGUGACGUCCGUCACGCUGUUCGCGCUGCCGCUCUGCUCAAUCCUCGCGUCCUACUGCAUGAUCGUCCGCAAGCUGCGCGCCGGCGGCGGCGGCGGCUUGGGCCCCAACGAUCGCUCGCGGGCCUUCAGGAUGAGGACGACGAGGCUCAUCUUCACGGUGAUGCUCGUCUUCUCGAUCUCCUUCGUGCCCUUCCACGUGACGCGCGCUCUCUACUACGCGUUGAGAGGCGUCGGCGACGCAUCGUGUGACCUCCUGAACGCCGUGAACACCGCCUACAAGGUGACGCGGCCCUUGGCGUCGGCCAACUGCUGCCUCGACCCGCUGCUCUUCGUGUUCUCCAGCAAGAAGAUCCGCGCGGAGUUCCUGCACUCCGUGCGGCCCUCGAAGAGCGCCGCGCCAAGGGCCGGCGCCGAAGGGGUCAUGGAGCAGGAAAGCGCGCUCGUGUAGACGACUGAGGCACAUGGGCUUGUGACAGCAGGCAGGUCGGUCGGGACACCGCACGCAUCACCGGUCUCACGAUCUCUCUCACCAUUCUCUAAUGGUGCAGCAGCAGUGGCGGCAGUAGUAGCGGCAGCGGGCCUGCGAUUAAGCCGCUGCUGGGUUAAUAAUUUCAGUCGUGUGUUUUGGUGCGAUCGGAUUUUGCUUGUGUAACUGGCGGAAUGUGUGUAAUAAUCGUGAGAGAUUUGUAAAGUUGCAAUAAUUGGGAGAUUCGUGGUCAGGGAGUAUUUCGUAAGUGCACAUAAUAAUAAUGUGAAUGAUUUAUAAAAUAUGUUUAUAGUUACUGUAUUUGUGGUUGUCUUGAUUUAUUCUCGUUUAAAAUUAAUCCAUAAAUCCAGUAAACUAGGAACGAUCGGGAAAACGUUGGGCCAACGUUGUCUCGAACCGUAUAUCACCUUUGGCCCCACGUUGGUAUGUUGACUGAGAAACGGCCUUAAUUUUAUAAGCGAGUGGUUUUUGUUUUCCAUAAAUGUAUUUUACAUACAGGGGACUCCUUUACUUAAGAACGAGUUAGGUUCCAGAGGUAUGUUCGUAACUCCAACUUUACUCCUGUCGAUUCCAAACAUAUUGUACAAUGUUUACACUAAACACCGGGAUUGAUUUUAAACGUUGUAUAAUCUCCUGUAGAUGUAGAUGCCACUGGUUAUUCACGUUCUGUAGAUGUAGAUGCCACUGGUUCUUCACGUUCUGCAGAUGUAGAUACCACCGGUUAUUCACGUUCUGCAGGUGUA